UUAACCAUUCUUUAUCACUCUAGGCUUUACUAAAAGCUUCAAACACCUUCCCUUCCUCUUUUGUUUUUGGUGGAUUAAGCAACUCAUGAAUGUUUGUAAUUACAUGAUAUCGCAAACUCACACCAUAACUCGUUGGAUUGAUAACAAACCCCAAGGUUGUUUUCUCCAUUUAUAAAAGAGGAAAAUAUAUGUUUAUCAUUUUAUCUUGAUCAAGUUCCCACCUCCAAAGCCAACAAUGAAGAAUAACAACAGCAAGCCCUUAGGAAUUCAAUUGAUAGGGCGCAUAACGAAGUCGAGCCUAUCUUUCAAGACAUAUCAAGUCAUUGUUCUAAUUGUGACAUUUUUUGCAUAUACAAGUUACCAUGCUAAUAGAAAAACUACAAGCAUCGUGAAACAAGCACUUGAUCCUCAAUCCCUUGGCAUUGGUCCGAUUUUUCCAUGGCAAGGAAAUAGUAUUCGGAAAUCAGUUAUAGAUGGUUGGUUUCCAUUUAAUGGUACUGAUGGAACAACAUUGCUCGGUGACCUUGAUGUGGCUUUCCUAUUUGUGUAUGCCAUCGGAAUGUACUUCUCAGGGCACGUGGGUGAUAGGAUGGAUCUUAGAGUUUUUUUGACCGCGGGUAUGUUGGGAACUGGCUUAUUUACAGCUCUUUUUGGAGUUGGAUAUUGGGCGAACGUCCAUAGUUUCUAUUACUAUCUGAUCAUUCAAAUGAUUGCUGGAUUGUUUCAAUCCACUGGAUGGCCAUCAGUAGUUGCAGUAGUCGGUAAUUGGUUUGGAAAGAAGAAGAGGGGACUUAUAAUGGGCAUUUGGAAUGCUCACACCUCUGUUGGGAACAUUACAGGGUCGUUGGUCGCCUCAAUCUUAUUGAAAUAUGGAUGGGGUUGGUCGAUGGUUGUUCCUGGUAUCCUUAUUGCUUUUGGUGGUGCGAUAGUGUUCCUUUUGUUACCCGUUCAUCCCGAAUCUGUUGGGGGUAAUAAAGAUGAAGAUGAAGUGUUGUUAUCUCCCGGGAAAGAAGACGAUGAAGUGAAUGAACAACCUCUCUUGAGGUCGAGAUCAGACAGAGAAGAGGAAGCAUGCGCAGUAGGUUUUAUAGAAGCAUGGAAGAUCCCAGGGGUUGCAACCUUUGCUCUUUGCCUUUUUUUCGCGAAAUUGGUGGCUUACACAUUUCUCUAUUGGCUGCCUUACUACAUUAGCCACACAGCAAUAGAUGGACGAUACUUGUCUAACGAGGAAUCUGGAAACUUAUCAACGUUGUUUGAUGUCGGAGGGGUCAUAGGUGGAAUCCUAGCAGGUUACAUCUCAGAUAAGUUGGAUGCUAGAGCAAUAACAGCAGCUAGCUUUAUGUACUGUGUCAUCCCAGCUCUAUACCUAUAUCGAAGCUACGGACAAAUCUCCAUGACUAUAAACAUCAUCCUCAUGUUGAUUAGUGGAGUGUUUGUGAAUGGACCUUACGCGUUGAUAACAACUGCUGUUUCAGCAGAUUUGGGAACACAUAGUUCUUUGAAGGGUAAUUCACGAGCGCUUGCAACUGUCACUGCUAUUAUUGAUGGAACUGGAUCAAUUGGUGCUGCAGUUGGACCAUUUCUAACAGGUUAUAUUUCAGCUGAUAGCUGGAAUGCAGUUUUUGUAAUGUUGAUGGGAGCAGCUUUAGUUGCUGGUUUGUUUUUGACUAGGCUUGUUGUAACUGAGGUGAAUGGAAAGAUUCAAGAAUUGAGGUCUCAAGGAUCAUCUAGACCAAUUAUGUCUACUAAUCUUCAAGUCUGAUUGCCAUAAUAUUGUGGUAUAAUCCAAAUGCUCAAUUUGGAUAUUAUCAGCCUUUAGUUAGAGGGAUAAAAAAGUGGAAAUGAUCAAAUCAACUCAAGAUGAGGAUAUGAAUUCAUCUUCAUUUUAGUGGCAGAGAUGAAAAGGUGGAAACCCUCAUAUCAACUUGAACAUUUGUGAGAUGGACUCUGAAAGGGCCAAAACUGGUUGACUCUUAAGAUCAUCAUCACAUAUACAUGUAAAUUUUGUGUGCCUCCAACGGUUUUAAUUUAUAUGUCUGAUUUUAAAAACGAAGAUUUAGAACAUAAGAAAAGUUUUUGAAUCUUGUAAUUUUAAACUAAAGAUAUGUUAAAUGUAUCAAAAAGUUAUUUAA